CGGUGCAGCGUCCAGACGUGCGUUCACGCCGCAGCGGCGUCGUUUUCCGUUCAGGCUGCUGCUGCCGCUCCACGGUCGGAAUGUGACAGAGGUGCGGCAGAAAUUCCACCGACUCAGAACCUCGUCCUGGACCGAACCAGAAGCCGGACCUCCUGGGUUGAAUUUGUGCUUUGCUUGCUCUUGGGCCUGGGUACAGCUGGGCACACCUUGUCAAGAUGGAGGACUCUGAGACAGAGCUGAUGGUGUCUGAGUCAGAUGCUUUGGGAGCAGAUUUCAUCACUGUGGAGCUUGACACUCAGCCCAUUGAGUACGUGGUGAAGUGGGCUGAGGUGGGCUCCAAGUUCACCAUCUCGUGUGUGAAGAAGGACUCUGAUGACUCAGCAGACCUGACGGCUGACCAACUAAAGAUCGAGACAGAUGAGGCCUUCUUUGCUCCCUAUGAGGAGGUGUACCCAUGUGAAGUGACGGAGCAGAGCGUGGAGAUAAAGACAGACUCUGAUGAGGAGGAUGUUGAGGAGGACCAGGAGGACCUAGUGGAGGCAGGAAGCAGCCAGCUGGAUGGUGAGGUUGACUCUGAUGAGGACGACUAUGAGCCGGAUGAGCGUCAGUUUCGCUGCACUUACUGUGGGAAGUGUUACAGCCACGCCUCCAGCCUGUACCGCCACCAGCAGACGCACACCGGGAAAGCUGGAGCGGCACCGCUUACCAAGAGGACCCUGGAGCCCACACAUCAGGAAGCGCCAUACACCUGUCCCCACUGUGGCAUGAGCUUCAAAGGCAGUAGAAUGCUGGGGAGCCACCUGAGGCUGCACGGGAAGCGACGCAUCCACCCCUGCAACAUCUGUGGUAAGGAGUUCAACCAUAGCUCCAGCCUCUCUCGCCACCGCCUCAUCCACAAAAAGGGAAAGGGUCUCCUCAAGGACUCUGCCCUCGGCACCAGCAUGACCACCCUGCACCGCCCACUGAAGGUUGGCACCAAGAACAAGGGGACCAAAAGGCGGCGGCAGCACCAGCAGCAGCAGCAGCAUGUGGCCACUGCCAUCAUCCAGACCCAGGGUUCUGACAAGUUCUAUGCCUGCCCACAGUGUGACAUGAGCUUCAGGACCUCUACGCUGCUGUCCAAACAUCAGGUGACCCACGUCAAGGAACUGCUGGACAGCUACACGCCUGGCAAGGAGAAUCUGAGCGAGAGCUCCUCCGACCUCAAGAUCCGUCUGAAGCUCUGCUCCCGUGACAAACCCAACUUCUACACCCUGUGCAAGAAGAACCGCCGUCGCAGAGGCCGACCCGGCAAACGAGGCCCCACCUCCUCUGAGGACGGCGCUGAAGGAGACGUUGGAGCCGGGCGCCAUGGCUGCAGCCAGUGUGGGAAGCGAUUCAGCUAUGCCUCCAGCCUGGCUCGGCACCAGCAGAUCCACCUUGCGGCGGACAGCAGUGGCUGCGGGAGGCAGCUCCACACCAAGACGGGUCUUCCCGGUUCCAAGACCAAGACCUACAUGUGUAUGGCGUGCAACAAGACCUUCAUGCACUCAUCCAGCUUCUCGCGCCACAAGAAGGCUCACCUGGAGAGUGAGCAGCGGGCCCACACCGCCACCAAGCUCCAGAACAGACCCAUUGUGGAUGAGACCGCUCCGCUGGAGUCCGACUCCGAGUAAUGCCACUCAACUAUGGACUGGUGUUGGCUGGUCCUAGUUGGUUCUGAACCAACUCUUACUGGUUCUGGACUAGUUUGGGACCAGCUCUGUUGAAACUGAGAAACGUUCUGGACCUGUUGGAGGUUCUGCUUAUCCAGGUUUCAGGAACUGGUUAAUUCUUGUGUGUAGAUAACUGCAGGAUGUCCUUCUAAGGUUAAUAAUAUUCGGCGGGGGGGGGACCUUAUGUGGUCCGAAGUGAUUGCUAGCUUCUUGCUCUUCAAAUGGGAUUAAAUUUAAAGUUCAGGCCCCUCCCCCUUCCCAUAGCCCGCACACCUGACCAAACUGAAGCUGAAUUGUUUUUGCUCUUUUACGCCUCAGCUUGCAGAGCAUUAUGGGUAAUGGAGUCCCUCCCAGUCAGCUUGAUUGACUCAUUACUGUCAGCAGAUGAUUGGUACUAGUCAAUGACCAAUAAAUGAUAUCCCAUCAUAAAGAAAUGGAGCCGACGGUCUGUACCUUCUGUGAUUCGUUAGUGCAGCCUUCAGCAGUUUUCUCACCCUUUAAUGUCACACAAGAAUCUAUGUUGGUUUCUGGUCACUUCCUGUGUUUUGGUCCAUAGUUUGGUCAUUGUUAACUCAUUAGCCCCACCUCUUUUUGCUCAAGAGUCCUGCCCUGUUCUGUCUGAGAGAUAUGAUUGGCUAAAAGCUCCCAGAGUUCUGAUUGGUUGAUGCUUUGACACUUUAAGGCUGGAAAGUCAGCACAGAUGAGUCAGGCAGCCAUGUUUGUAGUUUUGUUACUCCCCUGCUCUGACAGACUGCACUUCCUGUUUUGUUGUGUUGGCAGUUUAAAAUGCACUUAUUUAUGAAUUAGCAAAAUGUUGUCAAAAUAUAACUUAUUUAAAUGUAAAAAGUGAAAAUGACAUCCUCCGUUGCUAUGGCGACGCUGCCUCGUUCAUCCUUCAGUUGCAGAGUGGACGGCACCACCAGUUCUUCACCAGUUCAUCAAGUAACGCUGCAGAGGCCAACAAGGUCUCAUGACUCAGACACACCAGUGCACACAAACUCCCCUUCAGCCAGUCACAGAAAGGUUUUAUUGUGAUCGCAAAGGAAAAGCUAAAGGGGUCCUGUCCGGGAUCAGCUCCAUCUGUGAAUGAAUUAUUUUAGUGUAAAAUAAAGCUGGAGGAGGAGCGGUCACCAAAAUGAAACCGUUUCUGUGAACACAAGCAGACCUAAGCCCCGCCCCCUCCACUCUGUUUCCUGCUGUCCUGAGUUCACCAGAAAUGUGGACUGUGUGAUUGGAGUUAGUUUAAUGCUGAUCUGUCUUCAUGUUCUGGUUCUGUCCCUCUUUAGCUCCAUGUGGUGUGGGUUUGUUUUGGUUCUGACGGGUUGAAGGUUGUUCGUCAUCGUGUUGUGUUUGCUGAUAGAAUAAAUCCAGUCCACAUGUUUUGUUGCAUUUUGUAAUAAACAUUGGAAAGUUUUAGUCACCUUCA